AUGUCUCCUACAAAGAGUAGGUACUUUUAUCAGGAAACGAGACCGAAUUCAACCGGCAUGAUCUUCGUCGUUUAUGGCUUGCCGCCAUUGCAAGAAAAAUGUGAACUCUGGAGACGCAGACGUACUUACAGAACAAUCUCAACACAAUCGCUUCUCGAGUCUGGUGAUGCGCCUCCGGCGUAUGGAACUCAAUCAUCUGCACCGGAACCUAUCCACGUGUUUGGAAAGAGACAUGAAGCAUCAACAAAUUCAUAUAGAGCGGGCGAAAAGUUCACCAGAGAACAUCCACCUCAGCAAUUGUUGCCAUCAGAUGAACACAUACGGUCUAUAAUCAGUCAAGGAGGUGCACCGGCGUAUCAAUUUGUCCCGAGCCAAUUGGUGACAGUCUCGAAGAAUGGACGGGUGGUGCAGUUUAGUAAGAAAGAAGACACUAUGGUGCAGACAAAUUACCCAUUGUUUGUUCCGCGAGCUCAGACAGAUUCUGUUGAGAGUAAGGAUGCGAGUGGGGAUGCGAGUGGGGAUGCGAGUGGUGGGACGAAUAGUACGAUAAUACAGAUGCCUGUUUCAGAGGCACCCGUGUCAUCAGAAAAUAAGUCUUUGCAGAAAUCGGUUGGUAAUUCUGAAGCACGAGUAUUACAUUACUUUGAGAUUACUGUACUGUCGAACGCAAGUUCAAGAUAUACAACAAUAGCAAUAGGUCUAGCCACGAAACCCUAUCCAUCAUUCAGGCUGCCUGGCUGGAACCUCCAUUCGGUCGGAUACCACUCUGAUGACGGACAUAAAUUCAAUGACGCCUUUGGAGGCCGUAGUUAUGGUCCCGAAUGGGGUCAAAUUGGUGAUACUAUCGGAUGCGGAUAUUAUCCCGAUCUUGGAUAC